AUGAAGCUCAUUACCUCUUUAUUAGUCGUUCUCUCUUGUGUUGUUUUCUACGCCCAAUGGGUCAAGGCAGAAGCUGUCUUACCAGAAAACCCCCCAUUCACCAACAAGGUGUACUUUGAUGUCACCGAAGACGAUAAGCCAAUUGGUAGAAUCACCAUUGGUUUGUUCGGUACUGUUGUUCCAAAGACUGUUGAGAACUUUAGACAAUUGGCCAUUUCUGAAGACUCCGACUUCGGGUAUGUCAACUCCAUCUUCCACAGAAUUAUUCCAAAGUUCAUGUUACAAGGUGGUGAUUUCGAAACCGGUAAGGGAUACGGUGGUAAGUCUAUUUACGGUGGUAAGUUCGAAGAUGAAAACUUCACUUUAAAGCACGAUAGACCAUACAGAUUAUCCAUGGCUAACGCUGGUAAGAACACCAACGGAUCUCAAUUCUUUAUCACUACUGUUGUCACUAGCUGGUUGAACAACGCCCACGUCGUUUUCGGUGAAGUUGUUGAUGGUUUUGAUGUCGUUGACUACAUGGAAAAGGUUAAGACCAGCAGAGGUGAUGCGCCAGUCAAGACUUUAAAGAUUGUUGCUUGUGGUGAAUUAGAAGUUGAAGCUCCUGUUGAAGCUGAAGAAGUUGCCAAGGAUGAACUUUAG